AUGCCUUUGGGUUUCCCUCUUUCAUGUCCUACUUGGCGUUUGUUUCCCCAGUUCUGUCCUUCUGGCGUUUGUGCCAGUUAUAUGCACUGGAAUUUGGGUGAGGGAGGGACACAAAAACAGAACGUGCUUGCGAAAAACUGUAUUCGCGAGAGGAGUGGAGAGAGUGAACAGAGGAGAGAGACAAAGGACAAAGAUAGAUAUUGA